UUCAGUGGCCAAGAAACACUACAUCCCCAAAAUGGCUUCUUCUCUGCUUCUUCUCCGACCUCUUCCACUGCCACGUUCUUCCCCUUUCAUUAUUCGAAAUCCUCAUCCAAUUCCAUCUAAUUUCAAUCCCAGAAAGCACUUUCUCACUUUCAAACCCUUCUUAUCAGUUGCAACGAACGCCCUGACAGAAUCAUCCGACUCUCCCAAAUCCCUCGACCCACCUGACCCACAAUCCCUCCUUCAAGAACUCGCUGAUAGUUUCAAUCUGCCGCCUGAUUACUUAUCGCAGCUCCCUCGCGAUCUUCGUCUAGACCUCAAUGAUGCUGCUUUCGAUCUCUCGAAUGGACCGGUGAUUGAGCAGUGUGGACAAGAACUGGGAAAGACAUUGUUAAACAUAUCUCGAGCCUGGGAAUCAGCCGAUUUGUCGACUUCAUCAGCUUUAGUCAACAGUCUCCCUCUUUUGGUCAACUCUCUAACCAGCAACAACAAAUCAGCACUAGGCAAACGAUUGGUUUCAGCUGGAAGAAGGUUUCAAUCGAUGGGGCAAUAUGGUCAAGGUGAACUACAAAGGAUUUCUAAAGCUAUGAUUUCAGCCGGGAAUCUUCUUUCUUUGUCCCCUGUAUCUGAAUCAACCGAAGAGUCAAAAGAGGAAACUCGAAUGUUCAAGUUUGGAGAGCUUCAAGUUGAAUUAACACGAGAGAAAGCUUACAUCGGGGCAGCUAUUGGCUUUGUUUAUGGGGUUAUUUCAUGGGAAUUGAGUCAAGGCAUUCAGAGUAUUCCAGAGAGCUCAUUCCAGUAUGCAAAUGAAAAUGCUUUGUUGAUCGCUAAGUCAUUACGUGGAGCGUUACUUGUUAUUUUUUAUGGAUCAACGGUUUUGUCGGGGUUUGCUACCAUUGGGUUGGUCUUACUUGCACGAGAACUUAAAUCUGGAAAGAAGUGAGUGAGAGCUCAUACAUGAUACAUGAACAUGACUUUCUUGCCUAAUGUGUUACAGGUUCUUUUAACAUGAAAAUUGUUAUUUCAACAAUUUUAUUGUGAAUACUACUACAUUUUAGGAUAUGGUGGGAAUGUGAUGUUUGAGCGUUGUG